CAUCUCUGUCAGCCCCCAGCAGAGAGGAAUUAGUAAAACCAUCAACCAUUGCUGGUUCCCACAGAGUCAGACCUCUUACUCUGGCUGCUGUCUGCUCCAUGGAGAUCUAGAGGUUCUUUGUUUCUGACAGGGCUGUGAAGGUUGUAGAAUCUGAACAAUAGCCAACAAGACCAACAAAGUGUCAGAAUUUGGGGUUUUCCGCUGCUUUUUUAACUCUUAAACUUGCAGGAAUUAAUUGAUUUUAAUGGCCAUGUGAAGGCAGCAACUCAUGAAAAGUUGACUUUUUAGCUACAUGGUUCUCACAGGACAGCAACACUACGAAGAUAUGUUGAUUUGAUAGACUAUGAUAUGACACAACUACCCAAUACUUUUACUUAAAUAAAGUUUUUAAUGCAGGAUUUUUACUUGUAAUGGAGUAUUUUCACAUUGUUGUAUUUGUAAUGUAUUUAAAGCAGCAACAAGGUACUUUCAUUUUGUGUUUCUCACAACAUGCAGCUGAUUCAGAGUUUGGUCAGAAUGAAAGUGACAUCUGCUGGAGAGGAGGACCACAAGGACCACCAGGCAGCCUCCAGAAUAAGCACACAUCUAUGGUGGAAAGUAACAUUUAGAGUACAUUUACUCGAGUUCUGUAUUCAGAUACAAUGUUGUAUCCUUGUACUGGACCUUCUGGAGAGAGAUCUCUCUAUUUAUCUGAACUGAAGGAAUCAGUGCUUUAUUUAUUUAUUAUUUAUUUAUUAUUAUGUUUUUUAAAAGAAACUAUUUGUAUUCCAUAAAACCUUCUGUGCCUUAUUGGAGAGUUCCACAUUCAUAAUUUUAAAAAUAAUGAACAAAGAGGUAGUUAGUUCCUUAAAGAAAGUGCAUCGUGGUAAAAACCAUUCAAAACAUCCCUCAUUUUGGAUACAAUGAAAGGAUCUAUAUGAUGUCGCUUUUGUUUAAUGUUUCCCUAAAUCUUAUUUCAAAACCCAGUAAAUUAUUAGGCAAAUUCUUAUUUUAUUUGUCUUCAUUAUUUCCAGUAGUGCACUUUUGUUCCGUUUCUUAUAAUUUCUGUGUGUGUGUGUUUUAAAAAUCGUUUCAACUGACAGAAAAAAGUUUCCUCAUUCGUUCAUGCCUUCAGUUACCGUUGCUAAGCUAUGAUUGGACAAUCUUUGUUUGGGGGCGGGACCUAGCGACCGGUCAUUUAGUCGUUCUGUCGUCUGAAUGAUUUUUUUAAAUAAUUCUUAUUUUUCUUUGAUGGCGUUGGAAUGUGAUGACGUCACAAAGCCAAUAGAACGUUCUCUGAUGGGUUCUUUAAUUCUUAUUUGUUUCUUUGAAGUUGGAAUGUGACGUCAUUCAAAGAUCAAAGCAUAUGGAACGUUCCUUUGAUACAAAGCCAACAUGAUUUCUAUAAGCUUAGGACCCAAAUCCAGUUGACUCAGUUCAGAUUUGUAUGAGCACAUUCACUUUGUUUCAGAAAGACCAGCAGAGACUAAAUCUGAUAACAUGAAUCCAGCAAACCCUAAAGAUGUGGAUCUGGCUGUCCCUAUGGCCACAGCGGAGACCAUUCGUCCGCUCGUCCACAUGUCCCUGGACAGACAGACGUCAUCCCAGAGGGCUGAGCUUCAAUCCUUUAAAAGGGAGACCGAAAGUAUUAUUUCGAAAGAAAGAAGUCUGAAGAAGGCUCAGCUGACUCCCGUACUUCUUUUUAGAGUGGAUGAAGAAGAUGAAGAGGAGGAUGAGGAUAAAGACAAAGACAAAGACAAGUUGAUGAAAAUUACUGAAGCCGUCAGUACCAUCCUAAUUAGACAGGCGGCUGAAAUAAAUCUAAUUCUUGAGUGUAAAAUCAACACUUAUGAUUGCAAAAUCAAACUGUCUGAAGAGGAAGAGGAGUUACUGAUAUCCAGCACCUCCAAAGACGCCGAGGAAGCAGCUUUGGACAUUGCAAGGACAAUACUGGAGGAAAUCUCCAUUAACACCCCACCUGAACCAGAGGACGAGUCCUUAUGGAUAAAGGUGGGGAACCAACUGAAGGCGUUUUUGGUGAACUUAUUCACCAAGGCAGCAUUUCUUAGAUUCAUUUCUAAACUGAGGAGGAGAUUUCUCUGCUUCAUGGCAACUUCGGAAAUGGCUUCACUGGAGGAGCUAGUUAAGGACAUGGAGCAGGUGGUGAAGAACAUGCACCCACCAGAGGAAGACGACGAGUGCCUCUACGAAAAAAUUAUGACAAACUUUUCCAGCGGCCGUAAGAAAAUGGCAGAGGAGCUGAGCCAGAUGAUGAUCCAUCACCUGAAACAUGGACAUCGUCUGAAUAUAAGAAUGGAGGUUCAGAAUGAAGUGGACUCCUUCUUGAAGUUGACAUGGGACUGGCUUGUCGUGCAGAUCCGUCAGCAUCAGAGGAACAGGGACAGAGUGACUGCUGCUCUUAGAAAAAUUAAAAGAGUAGUGGAAACUCUCCCAACGCCAAGUGAGACUCAUCUGGCACCAACUUCCAUCACUGACGCACCAGCUUCCAUCACCGACACACCAACUUCCAUCACCAACGCAUCAACUUCCAUGACAGACGCACCAGCUUCCAUCACCGACACACCAACUUCCAUCACAGACGCACCAGCUGCAGUUGAGGCCUCAGCACACCCUCUCCCAGAGUGGGAUGAACUGAGCUGCAAGCUUACUGUGGCUGUACUGGUUAAACAGAUCACAAAAGAUCACUUCAUUAGACCGUCCAAUGAUGGCGUGAAAACAUUGACAGACAUGCUCUGGUCAGAGACUGAAACCUCUGGCGUUACUAUGAAAUGGACCAAAGACCACAUUAAGAAGACAGUGAAGGCAGUGCACAAGGACUUGUGCAAAAAAAUGGGCGGUGCAGGAAUCGUCCGACUGGGCCUGCUUUCACAGGACACACUGAUCUACAACAUGAUAAUCGAGACCCUAAAAAAGCAUCUGUUGGGGCCACAAAAGAAAUCCGGAGUUAAGAAGUUCUUCAAAGGUCUUUUCAAGACCAUGGCCAAGCCAUUUACUGCACAAAGUAAAUGUGACAGCAAAGAUUAA